AUGCCUUUUUUCAGAAACAGAUGCAGUGGAGGAAAAGUGAAGACAUUCUUGCUAGAAUUGCUUCCAAUUAUUCAAUGGCUUCGAAAAUAUACCUUCGCUUUUGCGCUAAAUGAUUUUAUCGCUGGCACAGCUGUUGGACUUACUGUUAUUCCACAGGGCUUGGCAUAUGCUUCUAUUGCUAGGCUUCCUGCUGCCUUUGGCUUAUAUUCGGCAUUCAUGGGACCGAUGAUUUACUGUAUUUUUGGAACGAGCAAAGACAUUUCUCUUGGACCAACUGCGAUCAUGUCUGCUUUGGUUGCAGCCGCUUGUGCAAGACCAAGAACAUGGCCAGCAGAGCUAAAUCAUCCGAUGGAUCACAUCUCAGAUCCGAAUAUCGCCGUAACUCUUUCAUUCUUCGUGGGAAUCAUUCUAGUCGCCCUCGGCCUUGCUAGACUUGGAUUCAUCGUCAACUUCAUCUCCCACCCAGUAAUUACUGGUUUCAUCUGCGCCGCGUCGGUUACCAUUUCUACUGGUCAAGUCAGGUACUGGGAAGAAGGUUGCCCUGAUUCAUCUCCCGGAAAGGCAAACUGCACAGUAUUCACGCUGACGAAAAUCAAUAAAAAUGCCACCCUUCCUCGGUUUGCCCUCCCUACUUGGGAUUACUACUACAAAUGCGAUCCGAAGGAUCCAACUGAUGCAUGCUCACACGACGGACAUUAUCAUGUGACUCUUGGAAGGGUUGUUUCUGCUCUUGGAAGCUCUUUUGCUAUAAUACCAAUGAUGGCAUACUUGGAAUCAAUCUCAAUCGCUAAAGGCUUUGCUCAGAAGAACGACUACAGGAUUUCGACUUCACAAGAACUCGUUGCCAUCGGCAUGUCCAAUUUCGCUGGCGCAUUCGUCAGUUCUUACCCAGUCACUGGUUCUUUUUCCCGAAGCUCAGUCAACAAUCAAUCGAAUGUUUCGACACCAGCUGGUGGAAUCAUGGUCGGAGUUUUAGUAAUUUUAGCGCUUGCCUUCUUGACUCCAGCUUUUGAGUACAUUCCUGCGGCUUGUCUUGGGGCAGUUAUAAUCAUGGCGGCGUCUCAAAUGUUCGAUUAUGCUGGGUGCGUCGAGAUCUGGCGCAUCUCGAAGCUUGACUUUGUCGUUCUCGCUGUUACUUUCAUUGGAUGUCUUUUUGAUACUGCCGAUGGGAUCUUGAUUGGUGUUGCGAUGCAUCUCAUUAUCCUGCUCUUCAAAUAUGCCUACCCGAACAUGUCUGAUUCUGUCGACGAAAAUGGAGUUCUAACGAUCUCAUUUGAAAGUGAUCUUUAUUUUCCAUCUGCCGAGAAGAUUUCUGACCAAACCAUUCUCUUUCAAGAGCUGUAUAAAUCUCAGGUUAUCAAAUUGGACUUUACGAAAGUCGAAAGAAUAGAUUCUGCUGCAUCUCAAAGUGUCAAGAAGACGAUUGAAUCACUGAUCAAAAAAGAUCUUGCUGUCUCCGUAGAAGGCAACAUGGACGACAAAGUGAUGGAAAAACUGAAAGCAGCGGGAAUCUUCGAAUUGCUUGCAGAAGCGCCUAAUCAGGACCGAGAAGAUAGUCUUCCAAUAGAAGACUGUCCAGAACUGGAGGACGAAGAAUCAGACGACAAAGAGGUCAGAAAAUCUGAUCAAGCUGAGACCGACUUCGAAAAUAACAACGAAAACAUGCCAAUUUGA